AUGGAACACAAUCUAUCUGUUUGGACCAUUGGCUGGGACAUGAACCUUCUAGCUGCUACCUAUGCUGGUAUAGUGUCAUCAAGCAUUGCAUACUAUGUACAAGGUUUGGUCAUGCAGAAAAGAGGGCCUGUCUUUGUGACUGCUUUCAGCCCUCUGAUGAUGAUCAUAGUGGCAAUCAUGGGCUCUUUUAUCCUGGCUGAAAAGAUAUAUGUUGGAGGGAAGUUGUUGAAGAAAGGGUGUCGGGGUUACUUGGCAUAUGUGGUUGAUACUGAAAAUAAAGAUAUGACACUUAAAAAUGUACCAGUGGUAAGGGAAUUCACAGAUGUGUUUCCAGAAGAAUUAUCGGGGUUGCCAGUGGACAGGGAGGUAGAUUUUACCAUUGAGUUGGUACCAGGAACAACUCCAAUUUCUAUUGUUCCGUAUCAAAUGGCACCGACAGAAUUGAAAGAGUUGAAGAUAUAG